GGGGAAGAGGGAGUGUCCUCAGUAGUUUUCUCACUGAGGCAAAGCAGACACGGCUCAACACGACAAGAAACUGAAACACAGCCUGACUUGCAAAGCAAGCCUAACCAGGAGCUCUCUCCGGCUUGUUUGCUGUAUUCGGAGGCCAUCUUGAGCAGACGGGCGUACUGCUACAGGCGUUUGUUUUGUUUUCUUAUUUGUUUCUUUUAUGUCAGCAGUGUGUUUCCUUGAAGUUUGGACGUGUCCCUCUUCAAAGUUUCUUUGGAGUCGUGAGAGAACAGGAAGCGGGAGGAGGAGGAGGAGGAGGGAAUACUUAGUUUGAAAGCUAAACUUUAUCUGAAUUGCUCACCUGCUCCUUCUCUGGAAUGAAUGCUGUAUAGAGGACCUUUCUGUGAAAGAGAAGGUGAGAAGAAAGAAGAGCUACUUCCUGGAAAGGGAUCAGUUGUUUUUAAGCUCUAGGAGACACGGGACACACAGCAGGAACGGCCACUAUUGAUGAGCGAGUGACUGCUGGUGUGUGUAGGUGAGUUUGCUGCCUCACACUACCCAGUCUUAUUUCUCUCUUGACUGUCUUUGACUCUUCAGCAUGGCCAAUGUCAGUCCCUUCAUGUCUCCGGGACCUAUGUCCCAGGUUUUCUUUCCCCCGGGUGGCCCAUCUCCACCUGGGUCGGUGGUGAUGCAACAGGGGACGCCGGUCUCUGUCCAUACAUCUCAAACCCCAGGGUUCGCUACAGUGGACAUGGUGGUUGCCCCAGGUCCCGGCGGGGCAUCUGGAAUGCCGUCUGGGCCUCCAGCGCCAGCUGGUGUCUCCUUCAUCAUACAGAUUGGGCUGACUAGAGAGUCUGUGCUUCUACCUCAGACUGCAGAAUUGGCCUACGUCAAACAAAUCGCUUGUUCAAUUGUGGAUCAGAAGUUUCCUGAAUGUGGCUUUUAUGGGAUCUAUGACAAGAUCCUCCUCUUCAAGCACGACACCAGCAGCAAUAACAUCCUGCAGCUGGUCAAGGCAGUGUCGGAUAUCCAGGAGGGGGACCUUGUGGAGGUUGUUCUGUCCGCUGCUGCCACAUUUGAGGACUUCCAGAUUCGGCCGCACGCAUUAAACGUGCACUCAUAUCGCGCACCGGCUUUCUGCGACCACUGCGGCGAGAUGCUUUUCGGCCUGGUGCGUCAAGGACUCAAAUGCGAUGGCUGUGGAUUGAAUUACCACAAACGCUGUGCCUUUAGCAUUCCCAAUAACUGCAGUGGGGCGAGGAAGCGGCGGCUGUCCACCACAUCCCUCACCAGUAGUCAGUCUCUGCGUCUGUCCACCUCAGAGUCCCUCAGCAGCAUCAACAGCAGCGUGACGUCUGAGGAUGCCAGCCUCAUACGAUCACACACCCAGAUGCCCCGCACCCCCAGUGAGGCCAGGCGCUUUUACACUGGACGGCCCGUCCACCUGGACAAGAUCCUCAUGACUAAAGUGAAGGUCCCGCACACAUUCGCCGUUCACUCAUACACGCGCCCCACCGUGUGUCAGUACUGCAAGAGACUGCUGAGAGGACUCUUCCGCCAGGGACUCCAGUGCAAAGACUGCAAGUUCAACUGCCACAAGCGAUGUGCAUACAAGGUCCCAAAUGACUGUUUGGGGGAGACUCUUGGUAAUGAGUACAUAUUAAGUCCAAGCACAGACGCGGAGGUGCCGAUGGACUACAGUAAUGAGUAUUCUGACACUGAUAAGUCUUCUAUGAUGGACGACUCAGACGAGGCCUGUAGUAUCCCCGGGUCUUUCUCCCCAGACAGCGGCCAGGAUGGAGCCAGUGGAGACCAGAGUGCUAAUAUUCCUCUGAUGAGAGUAGUGCAGUCCAUCAGGCAGACCACACGUCGCUCUAGCACGGCCAUCAAAGAAGGCUGGAUGGUGCACUACAGCAACAAGGACACACUGAGGAAGAGACACUACUGGCGCUUGGACUGCAAAUGCAUCAUCCUAUUUCAAAACGACACCACCAACAAAUACUACAAGGAGAUCCCGCUUUCAGAAAUCCUGGAGGUACGCCCGGCGGGUGACUUCUCUCUCGUACCUGCUGGCACCAGCCCCCAUUGCUUUGAGAUUAUGACAGGUACCAUGAUCUACUUCGUUGGCGAGGACCCCAACACCACCCCGUCCCCGUCAUCCAGCGUGUCUGGCCUGCCCAUCUCCAUCACCCCCAGCAGCGUUGCGCCCAAUAGCGGGGUGGGACGAGAGUUUGCCAAAGGCUGGGAGACUGCUAUACGUCAAGCCCUCAUGCCAGUCAUCUUCCAAGACAACCCUCCAGCAGAAGGUCACACCCCUCACCGGCAGGCAUCAGUCAGCAUCUCUGUGUCUAACAGCCAGAUUCAGGAGAACGUGGACAUUGGAAUGGUGUACCAGAUCUUUGCUGAUGAGGUUUUGGGUUCUGGACAAUUUGGUGUGGUGUAUGGAGGAAAACACAGGAAAUCUGGUCGGGAUGUAGCCGUGAAGGUAAUCGACAAGCUUCGGUUCCCCACCAAGCAGGAGAGCCAACUGAGGAAUGAAGUAGCCAUACUGCAGAGCCUGCGACACCUGGGUAUAGUGAAUCUCGAGUGCAUGUUUGAGACACCAGAGAAGGUGUUUGUGGUAAUGGAAAAACUUCACGGUGACAUGCUUGAGAUGAUUUUGUCGAGUGAGAAAGGACGACUUCCUGAGAGACUCACCAAGUUCCUCAUCACGCAGAUUUUGGCUGCUCUGAGGCACCUUCACUUCAAAAACAUAGUGCACUGCGACCUCAAACCUGAGAACGUGCUAUUGGCAUCAGCGGAUCCUUUCCCACAGGUGAAACUUUGUGACUUUGGUUUUGCUCGCAUCAUUGGAGAGAAGUCUUUCCGCCGUUCUGUCGUGGGCACGCCGGCUUACUUGGCCCCUGAGGUCCUCCUGAACCAGGGAUACAAUCGCUCUCUGGACAUGUGGUCUGUUGGUGUGAUCAUGUAUGUUAGCCUGAGUGGAACGUUCCCUUUCAACGAGGAUGAAGACAUCAAUGAUCAGAUCCACAAUGCCGCCUUCAUGUACCCACCUAACCCGUGGAAACAGAUCUCUCCUGAAGCUAUCGACCUCAUCAAUAACCUGCUCCAAGUGAAGAUGAGAAAACGCUACAGUGUGGAUAAGAGUCUCAGCCACUCAUAUCUGCAGGAUUACCAGACCUGGUUGGACCUCCGAGAGCUGGAGUCAAAGCUCGGGGAGCGUUACAUAACCCACGAGAGCGACGACAGCCGCUGGCAGCAGUACGCCCGUGACCACACGCUGCCCUACCCUCCUCACCUGGUGCCCCCGCCACCUGCGUCCGACGACGACGAGCAGGAGGGCGCGGAGGAUGCUGAUAUGCAGGGGCUGACAGAGCGUGUUAGCAUCCUUUGAAGAAGAAACCGACAUGGCAGAUGAGAGGAAUGAAGAGAACCUGCUAGAACUUUAGCAACUUUUAGUGCACCACGAGCGUAGGAUGGAGGUAGUUAUGUAGCCCUCUGUAUGAAAGCGUAGCUUCGUGUGUCUUUGGUGGUCAACAGCAGGCCCUCUGAACUCUGACCUCCUUCAGCCAGAGGACUGGCGAUGACGUGUUUCUGAGAUGAAGAUAUUAAGGUCGAAAAAGAACUGUUUGGAUCCUAGCACAGGCGCAAAGUCGAACUGUUUGUUGUAUGCCUGUGGGAAACGUAAGUUUUCAAAAUCGAUACACCGGCCAAUCUGUUUUAAGGAAACCCUUAUUUAAUUUGGCUGGUUUUGGGUUCGCCUCACGCAAUUGGACGUCUUUCUUAAGGUGCGGUCACAUUUACCACUGUUCAGCAAAUUUCCGUGAGCAAAAUCCAGUCAUUUCAAUAGGAAUCAUUGCAAUCAGGAAUCUUGCAUGAGGGCGAAAGAUUUUCCCUCACAGAAUUCGCAACGAGUUGGUCACACAGAUUUGCCAUGUUUUCCAACAGAAAGCUGCUUAGUUUAAAAGUGACUUCUGUGUGAGCAGUGCUUCAUACAUUGUUUUUUUUAUAUAUAUAUAUUUUUGGCCUUUUUUUUGAUAGGACAGUACAGAUCAGAUAGACAGUGGGAUCGGCAAAGGACCUCGAGCCGGGAAUCGAACUCUGGUUGCGCUGUACAGGGGUGCGUUUCCCAAAAGCAACUUUAGCUAACGGUCGCAAGUUCUGUCAUUGCCAACAUAGUUGAAUGAUUUGGAGUUUCCCGAAACCAUAGUUCCAACAAACAGAAGACAGCGUCACAAACUAACAUGGUUGGAAUUACAGCUCUUGAGCUGUGGUUAGAAGCAUAGUUUAUUGUAAAACUGACAUGUGGACUUAAAAAGAUCAUGGCAUAGAUAGAUCUUGGCCAUAAUAAGCUGAUGUAUGAGGGAACCCGCAGUUUAUCAAACCUCAAAUAAAGCAAAAUGACAGGGAACAAAAUCCUGAAGUAGCCCUCAGUUCAAUACAGAAGCAUGUCAAAAAACACCUGGACUCCAGGAAGCGAAACUUAGAUUUGAAGUUAUCAUUUUGUGUCAGUAUGUUGAAUUUUGGGGUAAAAUCAUACCCUGUAUAUUUUAUUGUUAUAUAUUGUCUUGACAACUCAUCAAUUACAUAUUUACCAUCUUAUAUUCUGCAUAAUUGGAUGUUUUUGAAUAAACACUGACAAAAACUACACAAGUUUUAGGGUUGGACGAUAUGACGAUAUAUAUAUAACAUUGAUAUAAGUGAUCACCAGGAUUUAAACCUACCUAUAUUGUAUUUAUAAAGCGUUCACAGGCAAAUUUUCUUUAAAUGUAUUUUCCCGACGUCGAAAUCAGGCACAUAUAACUGUCAGGAAACAUGAUUCCUGGCUGCAUGUCAAUAUCCAUGGAUAACUGGAUCUUUGGUAAGUUGUAAAGAACACAAUAUCACUUCCAACCUUUACUUUAAACUGAUAAUCGUUUGUUUUCCUCACAUUUUCGCAGUUUCCCCUAAUAAAUUCAGUCAUGCAGCAGUUUUACCACUCAGUCCGGCUGAGGGCGCGUGUUCCAGCAGGAAAGUGGCGUCAAUGCAUACCCUCUCUAAUGUUAAACUAAUGUGUUUCAAACAACAGAGGCGUGUCCGGUUUUGGGACGUGUCCAGUCUUGACUACUGUAGCUAGUUAGUUUCUACAAUGAUCAACAUUGUAUUAUGGUGCUUAAGCAGUGAGGUACUUCGUUGAAUGGGAAAUUCACCCCUGUAUGUUGGAGCGCUGCCCAUGUGGCUAUCGGCUCUGACAACUAUUGACAACAGACACUGGACCUUUUUGCUAAUGGGCGAAUUCCAAACGGCGUUAUUGCACCCUUGAAGGGCAAUUCGGGAAGGGGACGCCAUUUGUAGGAGCGUUCCAAACGAAAAUGAACAACUGAAUCCCUUCACAGGGCCCUUCCACAGGUCCGUUAGCGAAGCGAUGGUCACUUCAAGGAAGUAAUUUAAUCAUUUAUAGUCAUGUUCUGCCCUUCGGAGUGAGUAGGCUAUAGGGAUGCUCACUUCUGAUUGGAAUUUGCCAAAUGUGACCGCACAUUUAAGGGGACAUGUUCUUGUGUUCAAAAACAAAAUGGAAGAGAACUAAACACAAGAUUGCGUGUUUAUAAAAGUUUAACUAUUUUUAAACUCAGCACAGUAUUUUAAAAACUCAACACUUGUUGGAGGACAUUGCGAGAUGUGACACAAUGGCCAGAGACUUUCCUCUGAAUGUGUAUUUUCUGACAGCGGUGCUUUGAAUGCGAUGAAUUAAAAGACACACAGCUUUUCUGAGAUGGUUUUUAUGGUCUGAACUGUCUAAAGGUGCGUUUACAUUUACAUUUACAGAUGCUCUGCAAAAUGCCAUGGGUGAAAUCCAGUCAGUUAGUAAUUCAUGUGAUUAGGAGUUUUUUUGUGUGAUGAAGAAAAAGUCCCCCAAGAUGAUUCCUCUCGUGUUUAAGUUCGUCACACGAACAACAGAAAGCUGCUUGGUUUGAAAGUGACUGCAUCUUCAUACAUCUCUACGCUAUUGACAAUAAAUAAUGGACCUUUUUUGCCCACAAAAUUUGGACAACAACUUAACUGCUAAUUAAAGCACAGAAAAAAUCAAAUAAGUUAGUCAACCUCACUAAUCAACUAGUCAACUAUCGUGACCCUUCCGUAGUUCGUCAUACACAACAACUGACAUCAAGCUAUAAAUCCCCAGGUCGUAGCAUUCAAAAGAAAUGUAUUGGUCAUGAUGCAAAAUACAGUGGGAAAUACAUAUCUAUUUAGUGGCUGGAUUUUUUUUUUUUUUUUGUGGGGGAGGGGGGGGGGGGGGUAUGGUUUUGUGUCCUGUGACCAUUAGUUUCAGAUCCAUUUUUACAUAUUACUGAGAAUCUUGUCAUCAGUUAAGCCUGCGGGUGACAUUUCCUCUGAGAAUGAAUGUUAUCUUAUGAGGACUGAUAAGCAAAGGCACAAAGACUACCUAGACUGUUCUCAGAUCAGCAACGGGCUAGUUCAACUGAUCUUCACUAGUGGAGCUGUACUGGUGGUGUAUUAUUACUCCUAACUGACCCUAGACCUGAGCAUUAGGCUGCAUGUCACUGAGAAUUAGGUUUGCUUGAAUCUUAUUGCUAUGAAGGACUGUUUUGUACACAUGUAACCUUAGAAAUUGUUAUGUAGUUUGUGGAAGGGAAUGUCUGAACAUUUCCAGCAGAUAUAAUAAACAUGGUGAUACAUAAAUCUGUUCAAAUGAAUCUUCUUAAAUCCUGA